GGAUCCUUUCGUGUUGUUCAAACCCUCUUUCCUCAACUACUACUAGAUGCCCCUUCUUCCCGUCGCUUGGGGGUGGCCGUCUUCUUGUUUAUUCUCUUCAAACCGAGAACUUGACUUCAGUUGCUCGUACUCUCCACAUCUGGCGACAUGAUUCAUGGCGAGUGCCAGGAUUAAGCUGCGUUGUGUCAUCAGUCUGAAUCGAUAGUUGAAAAAUAAGCCACGCGCAAUUGGACAACCUGGAUCUGCCACCACCAAUCAACACGUGGGAACUUAUCUGCACAGUUAUGGAACGAGGGAGCGACUCUUCUAUGGUGGUAAGAUUGAGCCACAAGGAUAUUUGCCCAUCAAAUGCUCCCCUUCUAAACUAAUGAAACCACCGGUUUAUAAGCAUCAUUGCAUGCGAGAGGGAGCAACAUGUUUACAGUAUGGCUGCAUGUUCUAUUGAAUACUUUCAGUAAUAUCCAUCAUCGACUAUGAUGAAAUAUUCGGUUCUAAGCACGAUAUCGUGAAUGAUGAUUCAUCUCCAUCAAAUUGAAAAAGCAUUCGAAGAAAUCUCAUCACUCAAUAAGUCUCAUAUCAGGCAUUUUUGUAUAUCCACCUCUAAGAUUCAGGACAUCUCUGAGAUAUAAACAUUUCGGAGCAAUACCCAAUCCUUUUAAGUCAUCAUGUCGCAAAUUGUCCUCAUUCUCGGCGGUGGACCCAAUGUUGGACUCAACAUUGCUCGUGUUUUCUCAUCGAAAGGAUUAUACAAGACCGUAAUUGUAUCGCGAAAUCCUAAAGAAGAGCUCAUCAAGGCGGCUGAUCUUUCCCUCCAAGCUGAUUUCACUGAUCCCAAUAGCAUCAAAAGAAUUUUUGAUGAAGUGAAACAGAAAUUUGGUGUUCCAAAUGUUGUUGUAUAUAAUGCCGCAGCGUUAACAGUCACUCCUGAUCCUCUCUCUGUUCCACUGGAAAAAUUCAAUGAAGACCUCAAUGUAGUUAUAACUUCAGCAUAUGCUGCCGCACAUGAGGCUGUAGAGGGAUUCAAGACUCUCCCUGAAGCAACUAAUAAGACAUUCAUUUACACCGGAAAUAUAUUGAAUCGUCAAGUCGUCCCACCAUUUCUCGCAUUUGGUAUUGGAAAGUCUGGUGCAGCUCAUCUUAUCCAAGGUGCUUCAGAAGCAUAUAAGAAAGAUGGAUAUAGGUUUUACUGGGCAGACGAACGAACGACAGAGGGAGGACAUGUAGGAAACGCAAUUGAUGGCGAAGCACAUGGAGAAUUCUACUAUGAAUUGGCCACGAGUGAGGACCCUUUGACUUGGGAUGCCACUUUCGUGGCUGGAAAAGGCUAUGUUGACUUCAAUGGCAAACUGGCAUGAUUGAGGAGAAAUCUGAGGAAGAGCCUGACAUAAUUGGAGUUGUAAUAUAAUUAUUAUAUAGUUGAAAGGGAAGUGUUGAAUCAAAAUUCUUACCAUUUGUUGCUAAGAUCUAGGAAAGAUGAUCACUUUUCAUCUUCGCAAUUUUUAUGGGGUCUUCAGGCUUACGGUCGCGUAGACCUCUUAUUAGCAGGUAGCAUACUGGGCAUAGGCACUAAUCAUUAACGUUGUUAUGAAUCA